CGGCGCUGGGUGGUAGGGGCGCUUUGCUGGAGGCGUUCCAGCAUGACCCAGUCGGUGGUUGUGCAGGUUGGGCAGUGCGGAAACCAGAUAGGCUGCUGUUUCUGGGACCUGGCGCUGAGGGAGCAUGCCGCUGUCAACCAGAAAGGAAUUUAUGAUGAGGCAAUAAGCAGCUUUUUUAGAAAUGUGGAUACCAGAGUGGCUGGUGAUGGUGGCAGUAUUUCCAGGGGAAAAAUAUGUUCUUUAAAAGCACGAGCUGUCUUGAUUGAUAUGGAAGAAGGGGUAGUGAAUGAAAUCCUGCAAGGACCAUUGAGAGAUGUAUUUGAUAGCAAGCAGCUCAUCACUGAUAUUUCUGGCUCAGGAAAUAACUGGGCUGUGGGUCACAAAGUUUUUGGCCGUCUUUACCAAGAACAGAUUUUAGAGAAACUGAGAAAGUCAGCAGAACACUGUGAUUGCUUGCAGUGUUUCUUUGUAAUACACUCCAUGGGAGGAGGCACAGGAUCUGGCCUUGGCACAUUUCUUCUAAAAGUGCUUGAAGAUGAAUUCCCAGAAGUAUACAGAUUUGUAACUUCAGUUUAUCCUUCCAGUGAGGAUGAUGUCAUAACCUCACCUUACAAUAGCAUCUUGGCAAUGAAGGAACUUAAUGAGCAUGCAGACUGUGUGUUGCCCAUUGACAAUCAAUCUUUAUUUGACAUCAUUAGCAAAAUUGACCUGGUGGUGAAUUCUAGAAAGUUGGAUACAACUGUGAAGCCAAAGAGUCUGGUUACUUCAAGUGUUGGGGCUUUAAAAAAACAACAUAAGAAGCCCUUUGAUGCAAUGAACAACAUCGUGGCAAAUUUGCUACUCAACCUAACAAGCUCUGCAAGAUUUGAAGGGUCCCUUAAUAUGGACCUUAAUGAAAUCAGCAUGAAUUUAGUUCCUUUUCCUCAACUUCAUUAUCUUGUGUCAAGCCUGACACCUCUGUAUACAUUGGCAGAUGUUAACAUUCCUCCUCGAAGAUUGGAUCAGAUGUUUUCAGAUGCCUUUAGUAAAGAUUACCAGCUAAUUCGGGCAGACCCCAAACAUAAUCUUUACCUCGCCUGUGCCCUCAUGGUUAGAGGAAAUGUACAGAUUUCAGAUCUUCGCAGAAAUAUUGAACGAUUGAAACCCUCUCUAAAGUUUGUCUCCUGGAAUCAAGAAGGCUGGAAGACCAGCCUGUGUUCAGUACCUCCUGUGGGCCAUUCUCACUCCUUAUUGGCAUUAGCGAAUAACACCUGUGUGAAGCCUACCUUCAUGGAACUGAAAGGGAGGUUCAUGAGGCUCUAUAAGAAAAAGGCUCACCUGCAUCACUAUCUACAAGUUGAAGGGAUGGAAGAAAGCUGUUUCACCGAAGCUGUGUCAUCCCUGUCAGCUCUCAUACAGGAAUAUAACCAACUGGAAGCCACAGAAAGCGUGCCUGUGCCGGAUUUACCUCGGUUAAGCGUAGCUAUGUAAAAAAGAAACCAAAAAACUUCUUCAUAAUUUCACAUUGUUUUUUGUCACCCUUCUGUUUCAGCAUUUUUGCAGUUCAAAAUGUCUAGUUUGUUUCGUAUCAGGAAGUUUUUAUAAAAUACUUUGUUGCUGAUACCAGUGUACAAAAUUAGUGAAGGCCUAGUACCUUUAUGUCAAGCAUUUGUCUUCUGAAAAGUGCCCUUUUGUAAAGUGAGAGAAUAAAGUUCUCCAAUAUUUUGCAUUAUUUAUAGCCUAAUAUUUAGGCAUAUAUACACUAAUAAUCAUGUUUGCAAUAAAAACCUUACACAGAUA